UUGAAAAGUCAUUUGUCGAUGGUCCCUAAAUGAAAGCCUCGUUUCGCGGAGAAGAUCUCCCCGUCGUAAUCCAGCCAGAAGCCAGCGAAACUGACUCUGCUGGCUGGUCCGCGAAUGUCUGUCGAAUAUCCAACCUAAAACUAACUUCAACGCGGUAACCUCACAAAGAGCCUUCAGUUUGCUUCGGUACCGAGAGACACGAUGCUUUCUCUGGAGCAAGUGAAGCAGAGUUUGGAGAGAGCGGGGCAGGCUCACGUCCUGCAGUUCUGGCCAGAGCUGAGUGGUCUGGAGAGGGACGCUUUCCUCCAGGAUCUGUCCCAGUUGGACCUGCAGCGGCUCCGGGAGCACUGUGAGGGGGCCGCCCGGGCUGCAGCCGCCCCGCCCGGCAGCCUGGACCGGCACAUAGAGCCUGUCCCCCCGGAGAGCAUCGGCAGCGUGAGGAGGAGUGGCUCAAAGACACUGACCGAGUGGGAACAUGAAGGGCUGUUGCAAAUCUCACAGAAUCGAGUUGGAGUCCUGCUGCUGGCCGGGGGUCAGGGGACCCGUCUGGGUGUUCAGUACCCCAAAGGGAUGUAUAACGUUAGGCUACCAAGCAGCAAAACCUUGUAUCAGAUCCAGGCAGAGCGCAUUCACAAGAUCCAGCAGCUGGCUGACAGGAAGUAUGGCUCCAAAUCCACCGUGCCCUGGUACAUAAUGACCAGUGAGUUCACUCUGGCUCCCACUGAGAAGUUCUUCAAGGAGAACCACUACUUUGGUAUGGAGCCCUCAAACAUUGUUAUGUUUGAGCAGAGGAUGAUCCCAGCAGUGACCUUCGAUGGAAAGGUCAUCUUGCAGGGGAAAGGAAAGCUAGCCAUGGCCCCAGAUGGGAAUGGAGGACUGUACCAGGCGCUGGUGGACAACAAGGUGCUGGAGGACAUGAAGAAGAGGGGAGUGGAGUACCUGCACGUCUACUGUGUGGACAACAUCCUGGUCAAAAUGGCCGACCCUGUGUUCAUUGGGUUCUGUGUGAGCAAAGGGGCCGACUGCGGAGCCAAGGUGGUGGAGAAGGCGUGCGCUGCGGAGCCGGUGGGGGUGGUCUGCAGGGUGCGGGGGGUCUCCCAGGUGGUGGAGUACAGCGAGAUCCAGCCGGAGACAGCGGAGCUGCGAGGACCUGGGGGAGGGCUGGUGUACAGCGCUGGAAACAUCUGCAACCACUUCUUCACCAGGGCCUUCCUGCAGGACGUGGCAGAGUAA